CACUUCCUUCGCAGAGAUCCCAAACAAGAAACCAGAAACUAGUCAAUAUACUUACGAAGAACUUCUGCUUUUGUMGUUUUAGCGUAGGUCGUUAGCGAAAAUAUGUCGUAUUUAGAUAUAGCUAGAUAACUCUGCUACUUGUUUAUUCAUAUUUCGCUUACCGAUAUGGGCUGUGAACUUUUCCGACUUGUUAGCAAGCUAACGAUAGCUAGCUAGCUACAACCUAACUUGCCAGCAWAUUAGCAGGCUAUAUAGCUAGCUAAUAAUUAACCAUGUCUAGCUCUUUGACGGCAGAGCAGCAGCAGAAGAUAGAGGACAAUAGACGGAGAGCUUUAGCGAUUAGAGCACAGAGACAGGCUGCUCAGUCAAACAACCAGACGCCCAUAUCAGGGCUCAACAGCCCAGCCAGUGCUCCUCAGCAAGGCAUUAACCCUCACUCUGGCCCACCWUCUAACUCAACUCCCCGACCACGACUAACUCAUCAUCCACCUAAUACUGUGCUUCAGAAUUAUGUUCCACAGGGUCAAGACAGGAGACCUAACCAGUUGUUUUCUAGCCCAAGGGACAAGUCUGGACAGAAUUCACUAUUCUCCCAUACUGCCACUAAACAGAUCAAAGUAAUAGACCCACUACCUCUCCCAAAGGGACAACWUUCCUUGAAAGGGUUAGAUGUGUCAACAGGAGGAAGCCCCUCAGUGUUCAAACCUCUUCAGCCAAAGACACCAGGUGGCCCAUCAUCUUCCAUUUCUGGAGGUUCCAUUGGUACUGGUAGUUCAUAUGGACCCAAGCCAUCCUCAUCAGGCCAAAAUGUAUCCUCCGUGUUCAAACCUCCACAGCCGAAUAGAGCAGUGUUACCUGGUCCAUAUCCUACUUCUACAAGUGCAACUGCCAGUUUCUCUGUUUCUAAACCUCAUCCAAAGACCUCUUCUUCUGGCCUGUCUUCCAGUUCUGGAAGUGCCAUUGGUAGUUUCUAUAAACAAGGAACCAAACAUGGAGCCACAUCACCAUCUGUCCAGAGUGCUGUGAGACGGCAGCCUUCCUCCAGCAGUACUGACGUUAGUAACUCUCCACCUGUGAAGACCCCUGCCGUCACAGUCAGAGGGAAAUGUGUCUCUCACUCAGAGGAGCGUUUCAGAGUGGAAGUCGCCUACCAUGCUGAGCUGAUUGCUGUGUUCAAAAACAUCCCUUCUCGGAACUAUGACCCUGCUACCAAGAUGUGGAACUUCAGCCUUGAGGACUAUCGUCAGCUAAUGGAGGAGGCAGGCUCCAUCUCCUGUAUAUGUCUGACACCUCUGGUGGGGGGUAUUGACGUGGCGCCGGCGUCUAGCCGGUCCCGUGACACUGCUACGCUUGGGGCCCUGCUGAAGCUGUGUAGUGGCUGGCAGAGACCAGGGGCCACCUUACAGGGCCACGCCACCCUGGUGUCACGAUCACGCUUCGAGGUCGACGUUGGAUACCAUGUUGACGUCAUCGCUAUUUUCAAACAGAUGCCUUCCAAGAACUAUGAUAUGAAGACAAGAAAGUGGAGUUUCUUGCUUGAGGAUUAUAAAAGACUUAUGGAUGCUCUUGGUGCCAUUCCAUCAGUAGAGAUGGAGCCUCUCCAGGGUGUGAUCCAGGUUUUCUCUGCCCUGUUUGAAGGCAGCCAGACAUCAGAGGUUCUGAAGCUGACGCCUCCAUCGACCCCUCAUGUCACCUUUGCUGUGUCCAAAGAUGGCCGCCUCCUCCUGGCUGAUGACAUGGGACUGGGGAAGACAGUGCAGGCCAUUUGCAUAGCUGCCUACUACAGGAAAGAGUGGCCUUUAUUAGUGGUGGCCCCUUCUUCUGUCAGAUUCACCUGGGCUGAGGUACAACCACAUCUAUUAUUAGCUAUAGACCUUGGCAUUUCUCUGCCGUGGGGUUGGGACUACUCUGGCUCCAGUAACCUAGGAGAACUGAAGCUUAUGUUAGAGGAGAGUCUAAUGCUACGCCGUCUCAAGUCAGAGGUCCUCUCUCAGCUUCCUGCCAAGCAACGCAAGGUUGUCACGGUGACCACAGACGGUAUCAACACCCGCACCAAGGCAGCCCUGUCUGCCGCAGCCAAGGAUCUGGCCAAGGGACAACACAACCACAACAAGAUGAAGGAGGCUCUUCUGGUCUUCUUUAACCACACUGCCGAGGCCAAGAUUAAAGCCAUCAUGGAGUACAUCAUGGACAUGCUGGAGAGCGGAAGAGAGAAGUUCCUGGUGUUUGCUCAUCACAAGCUGGUCCUGGACGCUAUCACCAAGGAGUUGGGGGAGAAGGGUAUCGACUACAUCCGUAUAGACGGCUCCACCGCCUCCGCAGAGCGGCAGCAGCUGUGUGAGCCGGCGCCGUUCCAGUUCACUGACAAGAGCUGUGUAGCGGUGCUCUCUAAUGCAGCUAACAUGGGCAUCACCCUGCACUCUGCUGCUCUGGUGGUGUUUGAACUAUUCUGGAACCCCGGGAUAAUGAUCCAGGCCGAGGACAGAGUGCAUCGUAUCGGUCAGACCAGCAACGUGGACAUCCACUACCUGGUCGCCAAGGGGACCGCAGAUGACUACCUGUGGCCGAUGAUCCAGGAGAAGAUGCAUGUUCUGGAGCAGGUGGGGCUAUCAGAAUCCAACCUGUCAGAGAAGGCAGAGUCUGCCAGCUUCCACUCCAAGGACUCCCAGCAGAGGAGGAUCACAGAGAUGUUCCAGAGGUCGUUCACUGAGGUGGAGGAUGAUAUGGAUGAAGCUCUCCUAUUGGAGGCUGUGGAGGCCUGGGAUGACCCUAGCAACCAACCAGGAAGUGAUGUGGAAGAGAGCCCCAGCAAGAAGAGACGCAUAGAGGAGUACUUUGGCAGAUAAUUCCUGGAGGAAAUCAAGUGAUGUCCCAUGUAUACCUAUGGUCUACUAUCAUAAUGAAACAGAUUAUCAUGAGUACUUUGUUGGAUCAGCUGUYUCUGGGUAUUGUUUUUCAUCUUUGUAAAUAUUGCUCUCAACAAACUUUUUCUUUGCAACCAAAGUAAAUAAAAGGAAUUUUUGGAAAUGA